GUGAUGAGUCUCCACUUCCGUUCCAUUCUUUCUUUUUGGUGUAGAAUAAAAAUCUGUAAAGAUGGGUCGUAUGCACGCUCCUGGUAAGGGUAUUUCCCAAUCAGCGCUUCCCUACAGACGGACGGUGCCUUCAUGGCUGAAAUUGAAUGCCGAGGAUGUGAAAGAACACAUCAAAAAAUUGGGCAAAAAGGGCAUGACUCCUUCCAAAAUCGGUAUCAUUCUUCGUGAUUCGCAUGGUGUUGCGCAGGUACGCUUUGUCAAUGGCAACAAAAUUCUGCGUAUUAUGAAAUCUGUUGGUUUAAAACCCGACAUCCCUGAAGAUUUGUACCACAUGAUCAAGAAGGCUGUUGCUAUCCGUAAGCAUUUGGAGCGUAAUCGCAAGGAUAAGGAUGGUAAAUUCCGUUUGAUUCUGGUUGAGUCAAGAAUCCACCGUUUGGCUCGUUACUAUAAGACAAAGAGUGUUCUGCCACCCAACUGGAAAUACGAAUCCAGCACCGCUUCGGCUUUGGUUGCCUAAACAGAUACUUCGGUGAUCUAUAUUCGUAGGGAUGUUUCGUUUUUGUAUUUAAAAGUGAAAUAAUAAAAAAAUUUAAAAUACAACUAAAA